CAUGCGCACAUGUCAGUUUAGAUGUCAACGGAGACAACGGACAGUUAGCGUUAGAGCUCGUAUCGGAGGGAAGUAAAACUGAAUUUCACUUAGAGCUACUCUAGCUCAAACAGCGUAAUGAGGUAGAGAAAUUAGACAGAUAAUUAGACUUACUGUGAUUACAAUUGACUGGCAUCGCCACGGUGAAAAUGGACCAGGAGUUUGAAGACAUAGAUUCAGAGGGCCGGUGGCAGAAACUGUACCUGGAAAUAAGGAAUCAGUCCCACGAGUGCUCUUACAAAGUGGCAAAGUAUCCAGAGAAUCGCAACCGAAACAGAUACAGGGAUGUCAGUCCAUUUGAUCACAGUCGCGUGAAGCUGGAAAGCACGGACAAUGACUACAUCAAUGCAAGUCUGGUGGUCAUGGAGGAAGCCCAGAGAAGUUACAUAUUGACUCAGGGCCCCCUGAGGAACACCUGUGGCCACUUUUGGCUCAUGAUCUGGGAGCAGAAGACCAAAGCGAUCGUUAUGCUUAACCGGGUCAUUGAGAAAGGCUCAGAAAAGUGUGCCCAGUAUUGGCCCACAGCGGAGGACAGGGAGAUGGCCUUCAGAGACACACGCUUCCUGGUCACGCUGCUGUCCGAGGACAUCAAGUCUUACUACACCACCAGAACGUUGGAGCUGCAGAACAUGAGUACGGGGGAGAAGAGAGAGAUCUACCACUUUCAUUACACCACGUGGCCAGACUUUGGUGUUCCCGAUUCCCCAGCGUCUUUCUUAAACUUCCUUUUCAAAGUGCGGGAGUCGGGAGCGUUGGGGCGGGACCACGGGCCGGCGGUGGUGCACUGCAGUGCUGGAAUCGGACGCUCCGGGACAUUUUCAUUGGUUGACACGUGUGUGGUCCUCAUGGACAAGAGGAAAGACCCCUCGUCGGUGGACAUCAAGAGCACCUUGUUGGACAUGAGGAAGUACCGCAUGGGCCUGAUCCAGACCCCGGACCAGCUGCGCUUCUCCUUCAUGGCGGUGCUCGAAGGAUCCAAGUGCAUCAAGGGAGAUUCCUCUGUACAGAACCGGUGGAGGGAGUUGUCCAGGGAAGAUCAGGAGCCGAUAUUAGAGUCUCCUCCCUCGACUCAGCCGCAGGCCCGGUGUUGCAACGGCAGCCAGCGUGGGGGUCAGCAACAGGGAGAGGGAGGAGACUACAGACAGGACGCCAAAGCACCAGCACAGUCUCCCUGCAAGGAGCAGGAGCAGGACGGCGGCACCACACACAAGCGACGCAGAGAAGACAGCAUCUCCAAAUCAGGCACAGCCAAGACAACCCAAAGCAAGCCCAGGACAAACGAGUCAGAGAAGAAGAGGAAAAGGGUGAAAACCAGCGACUGUUAACCACCUCAACCUGCGGCCGUGCACCUACAGCUCUGGCAGCAAAGCCAACACCGGCAGGGAUCUCCAGCUCUCUUCACCACUGCGUCCUUCUUCCUCGACUCCAAACCUCACCUAUCUGUCCAGCCCUGAAACAUGGCUCAGCUCUCCUCUCUCUUCUUCCUGUUAGCAGCAUGUCACUCCUCGGUGCUCCACCUCACUCUUUCAACCUCUCCUAAACUGUUUACAGCAGACACUUCGACAAUCUUUGAAGACGUACACACCAGCGCUUUCUCCCCCAGUCACACCUCAACCACCACCUGCUUUUGGAGUCAGAAAAUCUUAUUUUUUGCUUUAAUAUUAUUAUUAUUUGCAGCUUCUCCUUCUAUUAUGCCUGUUUGCAUUCAUGAAAUUAAGAAUGAUACUAGAGGCUAUGCAUUGCCAAUUUGUAAUGCUGUUCAUAUGUGUAUUUUUAGAAAGAAACUUUUUUCAGAGGCAAAAAUGUUCUAUUUUUUAUAAGAGAUUACUUGAAGUUUUUCACAGUGAUGGAGGUCGGCUAAAAUUAAAGCACUGCCUCCUCCCACAUGAGAAAUUCAGUGGCAUGUGAUGUUUCCAUGAUGUACAUAGUGUUCUUUUUAAAAAAGAUAUGUGUAAAAAGACAUAUUUUUGCUUGUAAAAAACAAAAUGAACGACAAUGUUACAGAUUUGAAUCCUGCGUAUAGAAACCUGAUUUGAUGACUUGUUCUCCUUUUGAAAUGAAAAUGUCUUAAGUUUCUCUGUCUCUUAGAGUGUAACCUACAAAUAAAACUGGUAUUAUCUAGUUUACAAUACAA